CACAAUUUGUACAGUGUACAGUGUCCCAACUUUUUUGGAAUUGGGUUUGUAUUUAAAUUGUAGAGGAUGCUACGAUAUGAGUCCAAUCCAAUCCAAUCCAUGCCAUGUUCCACUCCCCUCAUCUUCCCUCUCUUUGUUAAUUUUUUUUUUAUUAUUAUUUUCUCUAGACAACUUUUAUUAUCUUUAAUAGUGGUAUGGGCAUUUAUUAUGGUAUAAAAGUUAAUCAAGGCUUCCCUCUAGUGGUCAUUCUCCAUAACAACAUAUGUGGUAGUGGAAUAUGAGAAACACAAUUACUUUGCUGCAAUGUUAAUCAACAAGAGCUGCCUAUGGCAAGACUUUUACAAUGGCUUGCAUCUUAAAAGGAAAAAUCCUGCAGUUCAUCACUGUAAUUAUUCAUCACAUCAAUUUGCAUCAGAUAUUCAUUAAUAUUAUCUAAUAAUGCAUGCCAUAUUCUUUUUGAACAUCAUUUGUUGUUUGGUAAAGGCCUGGCAUGAUGUCUCAGUAUGUAGUGUCUGUAGUGUACUAAUGUCUAGUCACUUUUCACCUUUGAUACCUUGAUAUUAAGGCCACAGCACACAGCAGGUGAGAAUGUAACCGUCAUUUAGUGUUUAUGAGUGAGUGUGUGUACAGUGUUCACAGGGCAGACGGAUGGAAUGAUAAUACUCGAGUGGAAAAUCCCUGUGCCCAUACAAGGAGAGCUGCGAGUGCUCUGGAUCUGUGGGAGCAUUACUGAAAACAGCCUCAAUAAUGUAAACAGAGACAGUGGCUUCUGGCGAUCUCAAGGCAUUUCAAAACAAACUGUAGCGCUUUCAGUUCAGCAAAGCCUGACUGUAAUGAUGAAGAAUGCUUAUUUAAUGUGCAGCUGAGCAGAUGGUAUCAGGUAUCUCCUGGAGACAAUGUUCAUAAGUCCUCAUUGUACAUUCAAGCAUUACAUUUGAGGAAGUCUGAACCAGUCUUAAGGGGCCUGUUGUAGUUUGACCAACCCUCUCUCUCUCUCUCUCUCUCUCUCUCUCUCUAUCUCUAUGACUUUUUUAACUUCUUCUUUCUCUUGGUCCUUUUUUACCACUUUCUCUCUUUGCUUUCUGUGCCUACACUCCUGUUGUCCUUCAUCUCUUUUCAAAAUCAACUUCUCUUCUAUAAAGCAUGUGGGCGUUCAAGGUCAUCAGUGUAAAAAGAAUGUGAUUUUCGAUUAAAGAGCAGAGAGGCUGUUGGGAAUUUGGUGACGUGAACAGAAACUGUUGCCUUCCAGAUUUUCACAGCAGCAAUCAGCAGCUCACGCUUACCCUGCGUUACGAUGCCUCUAUUGAAAGAUCUUCGGAAAAAAGAUGACAUCAAUGCUGUUUAUGAGCUGAAAGAAAAACUGGGAGAGGGCUCGUUCUCUGAGGUUCGAGCGGCUCAGCACAGAUGCACCCAGAAGCUUGUGGCUGUCAAGUGCAUCCGCAAGAGAGCGCUAAAGGGGAAAGAAUCCAUGCUGGAGAAUGAGAUUGCAGUAUUACGCAGAAUAAGCCAUGAAAAUAUUGUGUCGUUGGAGGAAACCUUUGAGACUCCUACUAAACUGUAUUUGGUAAUGACACUGCUGACAGGAGGAGAACUACUGGACAGGAUUCUGGAGAGAGGCAGUUACACAGAGAAAGAUGCCAGUCGGGUCAUAUAUCAGGUGCUGCAGGCGGUGAAGUAUCUACACCAGCUGGGUGUUGUUCAUCGGGAUCUAAAGCCAGAGAAUUUAUUGUAUGAGACUCCAUUAGAAGACUCCAAAAUCGUCAUCAGUGACUUUGGUCUGUCUAAAAUGGAGGAGCAGGGGACUCUUUCCACGGCCUGUGGGACACCUGCCUAUGUUGCUCCUGAACUUCUACAACAGAAAACAUACGGUAAAGAGGUGGAUCUCUGGGCCAUCGGGGUGAUUACGUUCAUUCUACUCUGUGGCUAUCCUCCAUUCUACGAUGACAACGACACACAACUCUACAAGCUGAUCAGAAAUGCUGAAUAUGAAUUUGAUUCACCAUACUGGGAUGACAUCUCUCACUCCGCGAAAGACUUCAUAGUUCACCUACUGCAGAAGGAUCCAGUGAAGAGGUUCAAUUGUGACCAGGCCUUGCAGCAUCCUUGGAUAUCAGGGGGUGCGGCUCUGGACAAGAACAUCCAUGGCUCAGUGUCAGCACAGAUUCAGAAAAACUUUGCCAAGAGUCACUGGAAGAGAGCCUUUAAUGCCACUAUCAUCGUGCAUCAUUUAACGAAGAAAACACACUCUGGGGAAGAUGGUGAAGGGAAUCACUCCACAAGUACAGGGACUAUCUGACAAUCCACUGGCAGUAAAUCGAGGCUCUGUUAAAAGAAAAGUUCAACAAUUAUGAAAACUGGGUCAUUUUCUCACUCUCAUGUUGUUCCAAACCCCUAUGACUUGAUUUAGUUCCUAGAACACAAAAGGAGAGGGUAUGAACAAUGAAAGAAAGAAGUAGUGAAAAGGUUCUGUGAACUUCCAAAAAAGAAAAAAAAAAGUAAUAAAAGAAAUUCACACAACUGCAUUUGCAUAUCCAAAUUUAGCACGUGUUGAUUGGUUAUGGGACAUGUGAGAACCACUUGUGUUUAGCAUCAUUGACAAUAAACUUGUGUCUUCAUGUGCUUCAGUGUUGCCAAGUCUGCGGAAUUGGCUACUUUUACAUAGAUGCCGCGGGUUGUUUUUUUAUGUCCGCAACCCCAAAAAACAUUAUAUUUAGCCCCUGGCAUGCAAAUUUUAAAACCAAAACGCGUAUUUCCCACCGGAACGCGAUUGGGCUAGUUUUGAGUAGCAAAAGGGCAGGUUUUGUUGUGAAAAUCUGGCAACCUGAUGAUGUGCAUAUUCAAUUAUAUGCAAAUGAGAAUGAAUGUUUGAGAGUUGCAGCAGAGGGCCUGAUUUUAAAGGAAUAACAAUUUAAAGUCAGCAUGAAAUAGAAAUCCAUCUAUUUUGUAAGAUCAGACUGUGGACAAUUCAUCCAUGCAUACGUUUCAUUUUUUUUUCACUUUGUAAUUUUUUUUUUUUUUUUUUGCCAAAAUCUCUUGAUCUUGUGGUGAAACGACAGACUUUCUGGUAAUGUAUACUAGACUUCUCCAAUCUUUGAAUCUAUUUAAACCUCAUUUUAUGCUAUAUUUUUUGGGGGGAUUGACAAAACUUAAAAAAAAUAAAUAAAUAAAUAAAAAAUUGAGUAAUUUUAAAUGUUACUUGAAAUAAAAUAAAUGUUACC